AUGGACGGAAAUUAUGCUUUCGUAGGUCUCGGUGCCAUGGGAUUCGCAAUGGCAGGCAACAUUCGAAAGAAAAUGUCUUCAAAGUCGACGCUGUACAUCUAUGAUGUACAUCGUCCGUCGUGCGAACGAUUCGUCUCUGAGUACAAUGGGGCAGGGCCUAUUGAGAUCAGUCAGUCUGUCAAGGACGCGGCAUCCGAUUCGAAAGUUGUCAUCUCAAUUGUACCGACGGCCGACAACGUCCGUCAAGUCUACCUGGAUCAGCAAAGUGGCCUGAUCGCAGCGCCAGCUGAUGCGGACCGUUUGAUUCUGGAGUGCAGCACCAUAGAUUCGGCUUCAACGCGAAAAGUUGGAGAGGCGCUGAGAUCAUCUGGACAUGGUCACUAUGUCGAUUCCCCCGUCUCGGGUGGCGUCCCCGCAGCAGAAGCAGGCACACUUUCGUUCAUGAUAGGAAGUAAGGGGCCAUCAGAAGAAGAUACAGCGGAGAUUAUGGCCGCCCGUAUCAACGACGUCUUAGUCAUGAUGGGUCAGCCAAAGAAAUUCUUCUGGUGUGGCAAACUGGGAGCAGGCCUUGCAGCCAAGAUCAGCAACAAUUAUAUCUCCUGCACUUUCCUGUUGGUGAUAGCGGAGGCUAUGGCCAUGGGCAUCAGGAACGGAAUCGAACCGAAAUUGCUGCAGGAUGUCAUUCACAAUUCUUCGGGACAAAGUUUCAUGGGAGACCACGUCAACCCUGUUCCAGGGGUAGUACCACAUGCACCGAGCAGUAACAACUGGAGGUUGGGAUUCAAGACUCAGAUGAUGAUCAAAGACAUCGGGCUAGGUGUAGAUGCGGCGAAGCAGGUUGGCAUUCAACCGACUAUGGCCGAGGCAGCGAUUGAGGUGUGGAAGAAGGCUGCUGAGGAUCCAAGGUGUGUCGAUCGAGACGGUUCUUCGAUAUGGCUACACAUCAAUGAUAUUCGGGACGAAUGA